GAGGAAACGAAAGUGCUGCCAAUAUGCUAGACUCGGGCUGUCCGCGGCUCUCAUAAGUUAACUAAAAUACCGCUGACAGUUGUCCCAUAGAUACACAACCGCUCCUCGUUCCUUCCUCGUAUGCGUAUUCCACGUCCCCUUCCGCUAUUUCCUCCGCAAGCAUAGUGCCCCGAAGACUCCGGUUCAAUGGGCAAGGAUUAUUACAAAGUACUAGGGCUCACCAAAGGAGCUACAGAUGAUGACAUUAAAAAAGCUUAUAGGAAAAUGGCACUUAAGUAUCACCCGGACAAAAACAAGUCUCCAACAGCAGAAGAAAAAUUCAAGGAAGUUGCUGAAGCCUACGAGGUUCUAUCUGACCCUAAGAAGCGUGAGGUUUACGAUAAAUUUGGUGAGGAAGGACUUAAGUCCGGCGCUUCUACCAGCGAAGGUGGCGGUCCUGGCUUCACGUAUACUUUCCACGGCGACCCAAGAGAGACGUUCCGCAUGUUCUUCGGGACUGACGAUCCGUUUUCCUCAAUGUUCAACAUGGGAUUAGGCGGUAGAACAGUUUUUACAACUGGAAUGGGCGAACAGAUGGAUAUAGACGGCGAUUUCUUAGGAGGUUCUUCUCCGUUUGGCGGCUUUUCGAUGGUUAGCGGGGCCCGCAGGCAGACCCAAGAUCCUCCAAUUCACCACGAUUUGUCAGUAUCACUGUUGGACGUUCUACAUGGCACGACGAAGCGAAUGCGUAUCACCAGACGUCGGCUCAAUCCUGACAAGAAGACCACUCAUGAGGAAGAAAAAGUUUUGGUGGUUGAAGUCAAGAAAGGUUGGAAAGCCGGCACCCGCAUUACGUUUCCCAGAGAAGGAGAUGAGACACCGGGAGGCAAUAUUCCCGCCGAUGUCGUGUUCACCGUAAAAGAUCGGACCCAUAAGCACUUUAAGCGAGAGGGCACCGAUGUUCGGUACAUAGCUCGAAUCAGUCUGAAACAGUCACUUUGCGGAGGCGUAGUCUCGAUUCCUACCAUCGAGGAGGGCCAGCGUAACCUAGCUUUGAAAGACGUAAUCCCUCCUGGAACGAUUCGACGAAUAACUGGUGAAGGACUUCCAUAUCCAAAGGAGCCAAAUCGCCGUGGAGACAUUAUUGUCGAGUUUCGUGUCGUGUUUCCACCGUCCCUGACCAAUGCACAGAAAGCGCGUUUGGCCGAGAUUCUUCCCGAUACCGUUUAGUUUCUAUUCGAUGGAUUGGUCAUCCACCUGUUUUAUUCCGGUUGUCUCCUACAAUUUUUUGAAAUAUACAGAGCCAUCACAAUGAACGGUCCAGGUGGAGCCAGCUUUUGUAUAUCCACAACUGGUUAAUUUAAUCAUCACUUCUUUCAACUUUCAUAACCAUAUGUCGCGUAGAAGCACUUGCUUUCGAUAUGAGUGAGCAUCGACCGUGUUCUCGUGUUCCUACUUUCUCCAUUCGUCACUGGCGCCGAACUACUCACCGGAGCACACGAACAUGUUCAUGUGUCAUUCUUUGUGGAUGGUUACAAAUGAAUAAAAAAUUGGAUGAUUUCAAUGUAA